AUGGGCAAGCGUAUUAUCUUUACAGGCGGUUCCGGCGUCGCUGGCCGCUGGGCAAUCCAAGAGCUUCUACGCGAAGGCCACGAGGUGAUGAAUCUCGACAUUGCCCCUCUCGACAACCCCGCAGUUCAUACGAUGAGGUGCGACGUCAGCGAUGCCGGCCAAGUGUACAGCGCGCUUCACUCCCAAUUACGGCUCAGCCAGCCUCUUGAGAAGUCUUCGGUUCCUGAUGCGGUCAUUCACUUUGCCGGAUACGCCCGACCUCUGCUCGCUCCAGAUAGCGAAGUUUUCAAGACAAACGUGAACAGCAUCCACAAUGUAAUCGAGGCUGCAUGCAAGUUAGGCGUCAAGAAAAUAAUCUUGGCGAGUAGUGUCUGCGUCUACGGAGUCACGUUCGCAGAAGAGCGUCGGAAAUUCAUCUCGUUCCCGAUCGACGAGGAGGUCGACUGCAAUCCCACCGACCCUUACGCACUUUCCAAGGUCGUUGGAGAAACUAUUGCGAGGAGCUUUGCAAGUCGGUUCGGGGUUGAUAUCUACUGCCUCCGUAUCGGAGCUGUCAUUGAGCCUGAGAAGUAUGCCGAAAACUUUUCUGGUUACAUCAACCAGCCGGAGUCUUGGGAUGUCCACGGAUGGUCCUACAUAGAUGCCAGAGAUCUUGGCCAGAUGUGCCAUCUUGGUAUUGAGAGAGACGGCCUGGGCUGGCAAGUCUUUAAUGCGACGAAUAACAACAUCACAAACACCGAAAACACAACGGCGUUCUUGAGCCGCAUUAGUCCAUCAACGCCUUUCACUCGGGAGAUGGGUGAGCGCGAGGCCCCGAUGUCGAAUAAGAAAAUCCAAGCCUUGUUGGGAUUUAGGGAGGAACACCCGUGGACGAGACACAUUCCCAUCACCAAAAAGACUGUGUAA